AUGUCUGAUAAUUUUUCAUUUAGUGAAACAGAAAGUAAUAGCAGUAUUUCAUUAACUUUUGAUUCUACUUCUAAUUCACAUAAUAUAGUUGAAAAUAUUUCAACCAAAAAACAAAAACCUAAAGAACAUAACUUAGGUGGUAGACCUCGUACAGAAGUAUGGAAUUAUUUCAAGAUUGGAUCACAAAAUGGAACUGGACAUAAUGUAGCAUCUUGUCAUUAUUGUUCUAAACAUUGGCAACGAGGUUUACCAUCACAAAUGGAAAUUCAUUUAGCUUCGGAAUGUUCCAAAUGUUCAGAA